UUUCGCCCGCCAAAAUGGCUGAGAAGUUUCUACAACUGGAUCGAAGGUUGAAUACUUACUGUGAUAAUGACUCUUUGAUGAUGGAAUAUACUAAGUUAAUGAUAGAAGGAAUCGUAAACGAUGACGACAUAUUAGAGGUGGAAGCCAUUAAGAGUAUCGGUGACGUGUACCUGAAAAGAGGAACAGAAACAAGACAGACGCCAUGUUUGACAAAGGCCAGUGCUCUGUACAACACUGCACUAGCACGGUGUGAGCAGUUCCAGGGUACAGUGGUACUUAUUCACCGCUUACUGUACACGGCAAGAGUCAGACAAGAAAUGAACAGAUCGAGAAAUAAGGAUCCAAUGAACGUGCGUUUACGUUUACAACAACAAAGCUACUACCGUUCCCGGGACUUUUCGGUUAGAUCACCAACCACUGACGUCAUCGGUGACACAAAGGGCCAGCAGUUCAUGUUACCGAGUAACUACAUCUCAAGCCAAACACCCAAACACGUUCCAGACUACAGGACAUACGAGGAGCACCUGACUACAGGAGACCGCGCACUGACUGAUGGGAACUUGGACUUAGCAGAGCAGAAGUUUGCGGCCGCUUUGAAAAUCAUUCACGAUCCGAACAAACCCGAUCGAUGUAGAGAGGCCGAAUGUCUGUGCAGACUUGGUGACGUCUACGUCCGGCUAGGUAAAAGAACAAAAGAAGGUAAGAAAUUCACACAGGCAGCAGCUCUGUACAACGCCGCCAUGGCUAGAACAGACAAAAUCAAAGACUGUGUCACGAAACGACUGCAGGAGACAGAGAAAUGGCUUCUCCAGUACACAGCAAAUGCGAACAGUAAGUCCAUUCCUUCUGAUCAAGCAGUACGUCAUAAGAAGAGAUUGGGGGACAGUCGUUCCCGUGCGAAGUCACAACUAGAAGCCAUUGAUCAGCAACACAAUCCAUACCAAUAUGACGAGGAUGAGCCAAAGAUGAAAACAGUCGAGGCCGAACGAGCGGAAGCUGUCAAAGCAUUAUUCAAAACUAUCGCCAAAAAUAGACAAAGUUUUAUCCAGGACCUUGUGAAAGAAUGCAUUGAAACGCUUGGUCCUCCACCAUGUAAGUACGCUUUCAUCGGGUUAGGCUCACAGGCAACAGAACUGGUCACACCUUACUCUGACCUGGAGUUCGCCAUUCUGAUUGAGGAAGGGAAGGACAAUGACGACACACGGCGGUACUUUAUCAACCUCACACACUACCUACACCUGAAAGUCAUCAACCUCGGAGAGACCAUCCUCCCAGCCAUGGCCAUCCCGUCACUGAACGAUUUCCAAUCAGAAUAUCCAGAGAAAGAUUGGUUCUUUGACUCGGUCACGCCUCGUGGAUUUGCCUUCGACGGCUUCAUGCCAUGGGCAAGUAAGACUCCUUUUGGAAGAGAAAAGACUAAGAGCAAACCUCCGGUCAGCCUCAUUCAGACCCCUGCCAAUAUGGCCAAGUUUCAGCAUCUGGACAUUUCUGUGUCCGAAGGGUAUCACCUGUCAGACAUCCUCAGGCGUUCUGUUUUCUUGGCGGGGGAUGAGGCGCUGGUGAACGAGUAUGUUAAAAAGCUCUUAGAGGUCAUCACUGAUGAUCGUCUGUCCCAUUUCCAGUCCCGUCUCUCUUUUCUACAAAUCAUAUCAGAAAACAGAGACCAGUUUUCCAACUAUGAACCCACUGGGCAGCUACUGAAUGUCAAGAAAGACAUUUACCGUUUUCCAGGAAUAGCUAUCGAGCUACUAGCUCUGUGGUGUCGCGUUACCCUCUCUAGCGCGUGGGAUGUGAUUGAGAAGAUGAAGGAGAUGGAAAACAUCGAAGAGGAGAAUGGCACCCACCUUGCCGUGCUGACCAGUAUCUCAGCAGAGCUCCGGCUGAGAACAUAUGUGGCCAACGGAGGACAAAAGGACAGUCUGUCUCCACUUGCAGAAAUGAAAGCUCAAGCAGAAACUCAAGAGGUGUUUGACUCUAUGCUGAGAUCAGUAUUUUAUAUUCCAGACACCAAAGUUCUCUUUAGAUACUAUUGCAGAGCUAUUCCUUUAAAGAGAUGUAUAGCAGCCAUGGUUCAAGAUUCUGCACAUGUCAAAUCAAGUCAGGUUUUGAAAACUACAAUCUUUGACACUUCCAAUGAGUGUUUGGGCUUUAUAGCAAAUAAUCUUUUGUUGUCAAACAUAUCCAUAAGUUACUUGGAAGCAGCAUUAACAGAUGCAGGUAGCGAUGCUGUCAAACAAUCGAAAAUGCUUGAUGAAAUAGGAAACCAUUGGUUACGUCACAGUGAUAUUUCUAAAGCAAAAUUCUAUUUCGAACAAUCGCUGAAGUUACGUCACAGUAUCUAUGGAGAAACUACGGCUCAUUCGGACAUUGCGCAAUCACUCCAAAACCUGGGAAUAUCUUGGAGUGACUUCGGUGAGCACAAAAAAGCAAUUAGCUACUAUGAACGGUCACUAAAGAUGAUGAAAACUAUUUAUCGGGACAGUAUAGCACAUCCGGACCUUGCUAGGUUACUUCUUAACCUUGGAUCAUCUUGGAUGAAACUCGGCGAUCAGAAGAAAGCGAUUAACUGCUUCGAAAAAUCACUAACAAUGAUGAAAACUAUCUACGGAGACAACACGGCACAUAAACAUAUUGCUGGUGUACUGAUGAACCUUGGGUCAUCUUGGGGUGAUCUAGGGGAUUUUGUGAAAAGAAUUAGCUACUACCAACAGUCACUGACAAUGUUGAAAACUAUCUAUGGAGACAACACGGCACAUCCGGACAUUGCUGCAGCACUUCUUAACAUGGGGUCAUCCUGGAUUAUACUAGGUGAUCAGAAAAAAACAGUUACCUACCUCGAACAGUCACUAACUAUGAUGAAAACUAUCUAUGGAGAGAACACGGCCCACCAGGGCAUCGCUGCGGCACUUCAAGGCUUGGGAGCAUCUUGGAUUAAACUAGGUGACUUUAAGAAAGCAAUAAGCUACUUCCAACAGUCAUUAACGAUGAAGAAAACUAUCUAUGGAGACAACACGGCUCAUCAAGACGUCGCUGGCUUGCUUAUCAACCUUGGUUUAUCCUGGAGUGACCUCGGUGACCAAACGAAAGCAAUUAGCUACUACGAACAGUCACUAAGUAUACACAAAACUGUUUAUGGAGACAAGGCACAUCCGGACAUUGCUGCAGCACUUCUUAACAUGGGGUUAUCCUUGCACAAACUAGGCGAGCAGAUUAAAGCAAUUAGUUACUUCGAACAGUCACUAAAGAUGGCGAAAACUAUCUAUGGAGACAACACGGCACAUUCAUCAAUUGCUGCGGCACUUCACAACAUAGGAUUAUCCUGGACUGCCCUCGGCGUUUACUUCAAAGCAGUUCCCUAUUACGAAGAGUCACUAAUGAUGGAAAAAGCUCUACAUGGAGACAACACGGCACAUCCGGACAUUGCUCAGUCACUUCACAACCUGGGAAUAUGUUGGAGAGAACUCGGCUGUCAGGAGAGAGCAAUUAGCUACUAUGAACAGGCAUACACAAUGAGGAAAACUUUCUAUGGAGAAAACUUGGCACAUCCGGAAAUUGCCCAGUCGCUUCACCACCUAGGAUUCUCAUGGAGUAAAUUCGGUGAUCAUAAGAAAGCAAUUAGCUACUUCCUACAGUCACUUAGGAUGAAGAAAGCUAUCUAUGGGGACAUCGCGUCAAAUCCGGACAAUGAUCAUUUACUGACCAAUCUCGGAAUAUCUUUGGGUCAUCAACUCGCUGAUCCGGAGAUAGCAAAUAGUGACAUCGAACAGAUAAUAGCGAUACUGUAGUUGGUUUGUGUACACAAGACGGCAAAUCGAGAUAUUGUUACAAUUAAUGUCAUCUGACAUAUUUUUACGUUUUUCAUUGAUUAUUCAAGUAAAAUACAUGCACUCAUGAUCAGCUGCAUCGAAUAUAUCAGUUGAGACCUCUGACCCCACAAAAUAUGAAAUACUAUUAUGGCAUUUCCUAAUGAAUUAUGCAAAUGAGGCCCUUAUUUAUGUCAUUAAUAUCCAUUGAUAUUUACCUUUAUUUUGUAAGCACUACUAGUAUGAAGAUCCCACCAUCGCCAACUAUGGUAUUAUGGUAUCUUCAUAUCAAGUUUAUAAUGUAAAUGAACUCAUUUUUUCUGUUACAUAUGUCUAUUAUCAGUUUUAAUUAUUUGUUUCAGGUACAAAGUUUAACUGUCCCAUAUUCAAAAAUAAAACUGCGAUUCUUGGUGGCAAUAUUAAACGGAGCACCUAACCAUUGUGUGUUCGUGGCACACGUUUAACAGAUAAGACGAAAUGGUCGGUGAGCAUCACUUCAUCUUCAAGUUAGGAAAGUCGGCACAACAUUUUACUCUUUCCGCAGCUUAACGACCUCUUGGUACAGCAAGACAAUUACAAGAGCCAUCCCUCUAAAAUGCAAAUCUUUUAUAUCACGAUUAGAAAUAGUCUCCUUCACUGAUAAAUUACCAUUAAGUGAUCUUUGAAAGACUAAAAUAAUGAACCGACGAAAAAACAUAUUCCUGCCCUGAAUGGAUUUCCCACCAUGUUUACAGGAUAUUCAUCUUGGGGCAAGCCGUCUUCUGGAAAGUUGAUUCACCUUUCUUUGUGUUCAACUCCUGUUUUCUGGGAUAGCACAGGAGCACACAGCACCUAGUAUGUAACUUAAACACAAAUAAUAGGAUGGUUAUUAGCUUGUAGUUCCUGUGUAGAUAUUUUUUUACUUUUAUUUCUUAUGAAAUAUGGUCCUGUCGUCCGUCCAUACGAGUGUUUAGCGGACCGUUUUGCUCCAGUUGAAACCGCAGUGGAAACCCGUAGACACAAGAUUGUUAAUGUUAACUAUGAAAACCUUCAGGAAAACUGUCUUUACAAAUGAACGUGUAUGGUUCAGUAGUAAACAGGUCUCUAUAGUAAACAGCAAAAGAACUUGCUUCGCUUCAAAGUUUACUUUUAAAUUAGACAAACGAAGGACAAACUCCUUACACAAACCUUUUAUUAUCCGAACCACAGCAGUAUAGAACCAGCUACCAGUAGCACUGCAAACUGAUCUUUAAGACACUUUCAAAACGGACUCUCAAUUGAAUUGAAAUGAUAUCGACUGUGUCAAUAAUAUCUUAGCCAUGUAGUAGGACUCAUUUUAAUGUUACGCCGGAAAUAGUGUAUACAUGUUUGGUGAUCAUACUGUAUGUAACGUUAUGC